AUGGCCUUGCUACGUGAGUGGGGCUGGGGCUCCACGAGUGUACAAUAUUCGCGAGAAUCCACUCCUGUGCGGUCCUCAUCGCCAAUGAAGAGUCGGCUAGCUUCAUUCCUUUCGAGUCCUUCAACAUCAGCAGAAAGUCCAAAAAUAUCCGUAAAGCAUAUGAAAGGUUCAGUCGAGCAGGUCAUGCUGAGAUGGAUCAAUUCUGAGAUUGCACAGAAACUGAAUAUGCGAGUGGAGAACAUGGAUCGUGAUUGGAAGGAUGGUGUCAUGUUCAAUGCACUGGUUCACAGAUGGAAGCCAGAAGUGGUGGACAUGGAAAAAGUUCGGGUGACUGAACCGCGGGAAAAUUUGGAAAAUGCCUUCGAAUUGGCCCACAAACAUUUGGGCAUUAACAAAUUGUUGGAGAUUGAUGAUGUAUUGUGUGCAAAGCCGGACAAGCGGUCCAUCAUCACCUAUGUGUCACAGUUUGUCCGUACUUAUGGAAGGCCUGCUCCUGUCGAAGAGCAUAACGUGCACACUGAAUUUUUGGAAUGGCUUGCUUUCACAUGUCAGUUGGACCUUAGAAACAAUGAACAAGGGAUGUACUUCCGUGUACGUCGGGAAUUCAUAGAAUACCGCAGUCUCUACAAUACUAUCAUGGCUACAAAACUGAAUUACACUAUUGAGGAAUUAGCCUUGAUCCAAGAGAGAUGGGAAACUAUACGGAAUAACCUUGAAGCAACCGCAGUGAAUGCAGAAAAACGACUGCCGAAGCCAUACUCGUCACUUUCCGUUUGGACAGCUACUGGCCAAUCGAUUAUUAACACUCCGCUGAAUUUGCCCACGGAUAAUCCGCAGAAAUGUCUUGUUUUAUUACAGAAAAUGAUCUCAGAACACAAUCGUCACUUUAUCGAAAUGGCUGCCAAGAUGGAAGAGCUGAACACUGCAGCUGAUUCUGGUGGGUUGGGUGGCCGCCCAGUCGCUGCGGAAUAUGUGGAACCAUUACGAAUUCGAAUGACGACGUUAGCUGAUGAAGCCCCAUUGAAGUUGGCCACUCUGAAAAUACUUUACGCCCACUACGCACUUCUCGCAUACCUUCAAGACAUGGAGAGUAAGAUGAGGUUGUGGAGCUCUGCUGAAAGUCUUCAACUUUUGAAUCGAUGGAUCGUGGAGUAUAGUCAGCUAGAAAAAGAGAACCCUCGUUCGAAAUGUUCUCAAUAUAUUGAAGACCUCAGGAAAACGCUAGCUAGUGAACCAAGUGCGUUAUAUGUAGAUUUCCCUAUCUGUCUCUCUUUUAAAAUUCCAUUUUUCGGGGACUUUAAAGCAGAAAUUUGGAUGGUUUCAGCUUCAGACACAAAAUUGGAUGGCGACAGCAUGUUACGGUUAUGUGGUCGUCGUUCUGAAGAAGUUCUAAGAGCUUUCGAUUCUAUGAAGACGAAUCUGUGGACACUUCGUAGCUUGUGGGUCGAAUGGGAACGCGAACUGGAGCGACUUGAUGCAAUAGCUGUGGCUGGAAUCGGAAACCGCACCAACACAAUUCAAGGUUUUGUAAGAGGCGAUCUUAUAGUGACCAUUGAAUUGAAUUUGUUCUCAGAUGAAUCGGAAGCGAUUCGAGUGCUGGAAGCCAAAUUUGAUGAACUCGCUCCACUACUAAGUGUUUCGGCUCGUCUGGCUUGUAAUCAGAGGAUGGAGCUGUUACGACUCAAGGUUAGGCAACUAAACAAGUUUGGAGCAACCUGCCGAUUAGUAGUUGAACUUGUGCCAUCAACUUCUCAAAUGAUAAGAAAGGUAACAAGCGUUAACGAGGCCGCGGCAAGUAUUGAAGAAAUCGAGAAAAAUCUCAAUCAAAGGACAUCUCGCGGGGUUGAGAACGAACUACAAGAGACAUGUGAAAAGAUGGAAUUGAAGCGUCAACUGAAUGCCUUGCGGAAAGCCAGGCCUCAGAUGAAUGCUGUCGAGCUUUACUUGGCCCAACUGCAAGAGUGGCUUGCGUCCAGAGAUGCCUAUGAUCGCGCAAAAGCUUUGGAUGUAUUGGACCUUAUCGGUAAAGCAAUCGAUACAAUUGAACAGGAAUCGGGACGUUACGUUGACUGCGAAAGCUACAGAACUGUGUUUCGUUCUUGUACAAGCAGGGUGCAUGGUGAAGGAACAAGCUCCGCACAAACCCUUGAGGAGCCUCCAGUUGACAAGGGCUACGUGAAAGAAGUGAUGAGUCGUGCAGAGCUUAUCCUGAAUCGCAGAGAGUCAAACGGAGAUGAAGUUCGCGCUUCUCGGAACGACAUGGCAGACUGCGAAGUAGUCUUACGCGAUUGGAACAGCAAACGUUUGGCAGCCUUGAGGGAGCGAUGGAAUGCAAAACUACAUGAGUUUGAACUUUGGGAAACGCAAAUGACUCGUGUGCAACAGAUCGCUGCAACGCUUGAACGCAGUCAGGGUCUGGACCCGUCAAUAAUCGCUGAACUGCAACGAAUUGAAGAAAGCUGCGACCAGAUGUCAAUGACAGACUUGUUUCAUCCACUUCGACUUGCAAUUCGGCAGCUUCGUGUCGACCUAGAGCGUUCAUUUGAAGAGCGCCUUGAAAGUUUGAAAAUGUCGGGCGAGGAAGACUGCACCGUCGCUCAUAACAUCGUUCAGGAGUUUGGCGAGGAGUUGGUGGCGUUCUGUCCGCAGUUAAACGAGCGACACACUGAGGCUCGGCGAGUUCUAACACGGAAAAUGGAGCUUUUCCGACGCCUUCAAAAUUAUUACGACGCUGUCAAAAGUCUUCGAAAUCAAAAUAUUUCAUGGAAUACUAUUACAUCGGCAGAGGUACAUCAUUUUAUAGUUCUGUAUAUUUUUAAGAGAACAUUGGUUGUUUAA